CUGUCUCCGAGCUCUGCCCCGCACACAGCCUCUGCCUGCACCCCCGCACACAGCCUCUGCCUGCACCCCCACACACAGCCUCUGCCUGCACCCCCACACACAGCCUCUGCCUGCACCCCCGCACACAGCCUCUGCCUGCACCCCCACACACACCAUGGAGGCCAUCAAGAAGAAAAUGCAGAUGCUGAAGCUGGACAAGGAGAACGCCAUCGACCGGGCGGAGCAGGCAGAAGCCGACAAGAAGGCAGCAGAAGACAAGUUCAAGCAGGUUGAGGAGGAGCUGAUUAGCCAACAGAAGAAGCUGAAAUACACGGAGGAUGAACUGGACAAAUUAUCCGAGGGACUGAGAGCUGCCCAGGAGAAGCUGGGACUGUCCGAGAAGACAGCUUCAGACAUGCUGCCUGACCUGCUGACUGUUUCCGGCAUUUUCUGUUGUUAACUUGUGACCGGCUGGGCUGGAAAUAGAACUGGAGCCGCAGCUGGAGGGAAGAGCUCAGAUGUGGGAUCCAAUUGCAGGAAAGACGACGUUGG